AUGUUCAUUUGCCAGUUGGCGCAGGGGUCCUACGGCGAAGAGCGAUACAGCGUCUUUGUGCUCAAUCGACGCGGGCUGAACAACUUUGACAUUCUGUUGACGGACGGCGAGAACGUGGAGAUUACGGAUGAAUUCGUCAUUCUGAAAGCGGAUCAGGGCAGCGAAGUAAGUGGAAUCAGUACUACCAACAAUAACAACGGCCCGUCGUCGUCGCAUAUCAUCGGUCUGUGGAUAUUUUCGGAGCCGCCGCCCAAUUCUACAGCGGAGACGCGCAAGAUCAAUGCCGAGGUGAUCAAGGAGUGUGCAACGCACGCGGGGAGAAGUAUGGAAUUGGCCAGGGAAAGUAUGGCAGCUAUACAGCAACAACAGCAACAGGCGUAUUCAAGUGUACCUAUGGGCCGCCAAAUUUCCUUGAAAGAACUCUUCGGUCAACAACGUGCUCAAGACGACGGGUUUUCUCACAAUCUGGCAGGGGGUGGUAGCGGCACAGAAAUGUUGCCGAACGGAGAAGUAGGAGGAGGCAUGGCUUGGGGACAUGCGGCACCACCAGCAGACCAAUUACCAACAUCAACAGCUCAGGUCAUGCAUCAGCCGGCCGGCAAUGUUCUUACAGAUCUUUUUCUGAGGGCUGGCUUGGUAAAUCAAAGCUGA